AUGACAGGACGAGGUAAGGGUGGCAAGGGCCUUGGAAAGGGUGGUGCUAAGCGACACCGAAAGAUUCUUCGCGACAACAUCCAGGGUAUCACGAAGCCAGCUAUUCGACGUCUUGCUCGACGUGGCGGUGUCAAGCGUAUCUCAGCCAUGAUCUACGAGGAGACACGAGGUGUUCUCAAAUCCUUCCUCGAAUCAGUCAUCCGUGACGCAGUCACUUAUACCGAACACGCCAAAAGAAAGACAGUCACAUCGCUCGAUGUCGUAUACGCUUUAAAGAGACAAGGCAGAACUCUGUACGGCUUUGGUGGUUAA